AUGAAUGAUUAUAAAAAAGAAGAGAACACAGAGAGUAAAGAUAUUGAAAAAGAAGGGAAGAUAGAUAACAAUAUACAAUCUGACUCAGAAAUAAAGCGAAUUCGAAUAGAAGAGUUAGUCAACUUUUUAAAAUGCAGUGAAAACCUCCAAGAAACAACCGAAGCACUCCAAGCGCUUUGUGAUAUACUUAUUAGCGAUUCUUCUAUUAAAAUUGAUAGUAAAACAUGGAAUUUCACAGAAAAACUUGAAAUUAUUGUUCAAAGUUUUUAUGAAAGCGGACUAGAAUGGAUUAUACCACUUCGCACGCUAAUUAAUUGGCAAUUUAUCAUGAAUGAAGACACCAAAAUCAGUUUUGAAUUUUUCCAAUUCAUUAUUGGGAUUUUAAAAGAUGUUUCAACAAGUUACAAUACUGAAAAUACUAAUUUCUACUUUAAUUUACUCAUAAAAUUCGUUGAUAACGCCAUGACAGAUAAUCCAGAGUUAAUUAACUGUUUUUCAGAGGAUUACCAAGAUUUUCUUCAGUUUCUUACGAAUCAGUACUUAGGAAUACCAGAUAAUACCGUUAGAUCUGCAAUUACUUCAAUUUUUACUUCUUUAUCUUAUAUCAACGACGCUUCUUUAGAUAUCAACUGUUCAAUGAACUUUGUGUCCGCUAUGUUUGAUACAUGUACUAUUGGCAACAUAUCAUCACUUCUAGCAAUUGAAUCCUUCAUGAAAUCGAGUGAUUUUAUUUUGGAAUUUUCAAAAGCGAAUUUCUUCUUUCCGAUGGUGAAUACUUUGGUAUUUACUGAUGAUGUUAUACAAUGUAUGAUAGAUAUAGUAACAAUAAUGAUAAGAAGUCAAAUAGAAGAAGCUUUAGAAAUAAUGAAAAAUUAUGAUCCUGUUUAUUCACUUCUUUUGGCUAAUUCGAGUAAUUCUUGCUUCCCUAAGAUAGAAUAUGUUAAGAUGGUCGCUUGGUAUUUGAAAGCUAUGGAAAAAUUUGAAAUUCAAACAAGUUUUCUCACUUUUUUCCAGGAAAACUUCAUAAAUAAGGACACACCUUAUGCACUGUUCUGCAAACUGAUCAAAUUACUCGAUGCCAUCCUUGAUAGUUACGAGAAUUCUCCUGAAGACAUACAAGUUAUUGUAAGUUACGAAAUUGUCAAUAAGAUAAUCGAGUUUAUUGAUGCAGAGAAUCUUAAACUGGCCAAGAUAUGUGUUAGAAUCCUUUGCAAAGUUGUAAAUGCCGGAUUAAAAUUAUCUUCUUUAAUAAGAACAGAAACAAAGCUUCCUCUUGAUCCGAAGCUUACUGUUUACUUUGAUUUCCAUCAAUUUGCAGUUAUUCUUGAUUCAGAAGAUUUCGAUUCAAUAAUGGGCGAAUUAAUCGAAGAUUGCGAUGAUGAGGAAUUUAUUGAAGAGUGUAAUUUCUUCCAUGAUAAAUGUGAGGAGUUAAUGGAGGCACAUCCUUUCUUAAUCCAAUUUGACAAAGACGGAUUUCUCGAUAUUGGAAUGCCAGAAGAAGAAAUGUAUGAACCAGAUGUAUUUUCAUUUUCUUAA